GUCUCGUGGGUAUCCACAGAGGUGUCUUCGACGGGUAUAUUGGUCACCAAGUCCGCGAACAUUCUUGAUGAAAGACCAGUUUGCGCGUAGCUCUGAGGGAUCCCACACUUUAACUGACCGAGACCGUCCUUCAGUUGUCAUCUCUCAAGCCACCGACCUGGCCAACGAACAUGGCAUCCCUCAUCAUAUUUUUGAUGAUCAUUAUAUGGACGAAGAGGCUAUUCUUGAGUGGCAAAACUAUCAUGCUUAAAUUGGGCAAAACAAUCUAUUGCUAGCGAGGUUUGAUUGGACGCGAUACAUGCGUCGUCUGUACGACAUGCGACGAAUGGCCUGGCAUGAAUCUGGUUGUUAAGAUCAGUUGGCCGAGCGCCUCGCGGAAGUCGGAAGAAGCGUUGCUUGACAUCGCCAAUGCGAAAGCCGACGACAUGACUGGUAUUGGGAAGAGGCACUGGAUUCUAGAUGAGCUCCAUAAUAUACUCCAUGAGAAAAACUUCGAGUCUGACGACGAUUCGCCUCAAAGAGACUGGCGGAAUUGAUGUAGGACAACCAAUUCGUUGAUUCGAG